AGACUUAUUAUAAAUUUGAUUUUAAUUUGUAAUUAAAAUAUUAUUUAUAAAUUAAUCAGUCAUGGAAAAAAUUAAUGAUAAAUGUGAAGUGUUUAAUUGGCAAGAGUAUUUAGAUUUAUGUAAAGCUUCUGAUGUUCCUCAUACAUUAUUUAAACAUGUUGAGCAGAGCUUGGAUAGGGGCUUCAGCUGUGGAAUGGCUGUUGAAGUUCCUUUCAAAUCCAAGGAAAUUACAACCUAUUGGCCUGCUGUUAUAACUAAAAUUUGCGGUCCUUUGAUUACUUUAAAAUAUAUCGGUUCAGACUCAAAGGAUAAAAACAGUGAAAUAUGGUCGGAUAUCAAUUCUCUAUGUCACUUUGGAUACUCAGCUUCACAAGGAAUUGAAUUAAAACCACCACCAUGCUUAAGUUUACCAUCCACAGUUUUGGAAGAUCCAAAUAGUAUUGAAACUAUAAUGAAAGAUAUUCCAAUUGUACCAAAGCAAGUGCUUGAUGAAGGUGGAAAAACUGUUAUUGACAGAAUUUCUAGUGGCAUGAUUGUUGGUAUUCGAGAUGUACUCGAUCCAUACUUAAUAAAGAAAGCUGAGAUUGUACUGCAUGUAGGCGGAAGACUCUUUCUAAAAAUGCUGAAUGACCAUUUGAGUACUAUUUGGCUGUUCUACACUGACUACAGAAUUGUUGAAGCUGAAGAUUGUACUGAUUCUUUGCGCUUUCCAAGUGAUUUAAUAAUGAAACAUCCAAAAGUGGAGCAACAUUCUUUUGAAUUAGGAAUGCAAUUGGAAAUGUUGAACCCAAAAACUCGAUCUACUUUUCAUAAUGGAAUAGUUUCUAAAAUUAUAGAUAAAUAUUAUUUUAUAGUAUCACUUGUUGAUAAAAAUGGUGAAUAUGAAAGAAACAAUACAGUUCAUAAUUCUUGGCUUUGCAGUAUAGAGCACCCUUAUAUAUUUCCUAUUGGCUGGUGUUCAAAACAUGACUUGCAAAUAUUGCAGUCCAAUGAUAUAGAUAGCGAGAGGUGUACAUACAAGGAAAUGUUUUCAGCAAAAUCUAAUGCAGAAACUCUUGGAUUUGAAGUUGGAAUGAAAUUAGAAGCAGUUCAUCCACAAAAUGCAGACCUUAUAUGCGCAGCUACAAUAAAAUCAGUUCACGAACACUUGCUAUGUAUUGCAUUUGAUCACGAAGAACAUGACAAUUUAUCAAAAUUAUACUAUGUGCAUUGCAAUAGUAAUGAUAUAUUUCCUAUUUAUUGGUGUGGAACUAAUAACUAUGAACUUAUUAAUCCUUCCAAUAAAUCUGAUUGCAAUAUCACACCGUCAAGUGAUGAGGAUUUAGGUCCAAUAAUUUAUUUUAACUAUAAGUGCAAAACAGGACCUAUGCAUUCGCACAAAAAAAUAUCUCAACUACCUAAAUCUGUUGGUCCCGGGGAAGUCUCACAAGUUUUGAAAAAGGUAUUGAAUCUUAUUGUGUCAGAAGCAUAUCAACCUUUGAGAAUAUUAAGAAUUUUAGAAUGUGAAGAUGAGGUACCACCUGGCCGAACAUUAGUGGAAUUGAAAGCUAGCAAUUAUAACAGCAAUAAAGAAAAAGUAACAUAUAGAGCUAAUGUAGAUGUAGUAACUAAAAUCGAAGAUGUAGCAGAAUAUUGUAGAGAAGUAUGUACAGCUAUACAGGCGUGUCCUUAUCUAUUUGGUCCUCUGUAUAUAGGCGAUAACUGUCCAGAAAAUUGUGCUGGAGAUAAAAAUGGAAAUGGAAAUGACAAACAUAAACCAGUAAAGCACAAACGACGAAAACGGAAAGGUUUACAUUUCAAAACUAUACAAGCACUUGCAGCACGUCGAGCUGCAAAUCAAUUGGAUCACAACAAUGAAUCAGACAGUGAUAGUGUGCAUACAUCAGAACCGACAUCUCGUCCUAAUACGCCAACUAGUACAGCUAGUGCGGAAAACGAAAAUGGAUCACCAGAUACAAAAAAUUCUAAUACUGAUUUGACACCGGAUAAUUCACAGAAAAAUGAGUUAGAAGUGAAACUUGCGGGUAAAAAAGGUCGUAAACGGAAACAUAAUUCUCAUAGUCCUCCUCCUCAAGUAUAUGAAAUGAAAACUCGAGGAGCUAAACUUCCCAAUUUUAAACUGCAGAUGAAGCAAGCACACUGGGAUAAAAAGGAUGUUGAAUCAAUUUAUAAAAUAUCUUAUAGGUCAAAUGAACCCAAGAAGAAACCAAGAUAUGAGUAUAUAACGGAAUCCGACAGCAAUACAAGUGGCAAUGAUGAAAUUGAAGGUGAUGCAAUUUUAAAUUCAGAGAAAAAUUCCCCCAGGAUCAAAGAUGAAAUAAUAGAAUUCAGUGGAGAUAGCAAUGAUAAACAAGAUUUCAGUAGCAUUCAACAAAUUAAUAUAAAAUCUGAGGAUUAUGGUGAUAGCAAUGAUAAACAAGAUUUCCGUAGUAUUCAACAAAAUAAUAUAAAACCUCAGUAUUGUGAUGAUGAACUAUAUCAAGUUGUAGAAAAAUCAAGGACAAAAUUUAAUAAAUCACCAUCACCUCCAGAAGAUGAUGACGAUUUAUUACUUUAUUCAAAUCCAUUGCAUUGGUCAGUAGAUGAACUUUAUAAUUUUUUACUGGAAACUGAUUGCUGUGAUCUAGCUGACCAGAUUAGAGAAGAAUUGAUUGAUGGGCAAGCAUUUAUGAUGCUGGACUUACCUUUUGUGCAGAAGUUUCUGAACUUACGUUUAGAGCCAGCACUAAAAUUAUGUGAACAUGUAGCUAGAAUUAAACUGGCCUUCUUUCUUACCUAUGGAAAUUAACAAACUUUUUAAGUUUGAUUCACCCAGGAAAGAGUGAUAUGUUAAGUGUGUUUCAUGCUAAUGUAAUGUUACAAUCAUUGAUUAGUGGCAAUUAAUUGCUUGUGACUAGAAACAUGACAUAGUGAUAGUUAGAAGUAUUUAUUAAUUACAUAGUUUAUGCAAAAAAAUGAAUUGUUCUCCAAUGCAUAAUCUCUACUAUUGACUAUAAUAUUUUUAAGAAUUGUUUAUUUUAGGUAUAAAAUAUAAUAAGAAUAUUUCAAUAAUUUA